CUCAAAACAACUCUUUAUUAAAGCCUAUUCUGCUCCAUGUUUCUAUAAUUAUAACAAUUAAUUUUACAAUAUUUGAUGAAUCCACAAUGAUAGCAGUUGGAUUGUUGAACCUAACACAUAAGUUGGAUCUUUGCUCGAAAAUGGCCAAAUAUCUUGCAAGGUCCUCAACUCCAUUUGCUCUGCGGUUUCCUGAAUCUUUCUGCAUGGAUUGUUGUUGUUUCUCCAAUUUUGGUGCUUAUAAUUUGGGGAUCCUGGUUGAUUGUGAUAUUGGGUCGAGAUCUGAUUGGGUGGGCUGUAAUAAUGGCUGGUACUGCCCUUCUAUUGGCUUUUUAUUCAAUUAUGCUGUGGUGGAGAACUCAGUGGCAAAGCUCAAAAGAGGGAUGAGCGUACUGUUGUCGUGUAUGACUCUUCUAUUUAUAAAAUUGCAGUAGCUUCAGAGAAAACCUGGUCCAUAGAAAAUUUGGUCAAAAAAAGAUCAUUGGAUGUGUUGGCAAAUUGUCAUAAACUUGUGAUGAAUAAAAUGAGAACAUGGGAACUCUUGUAGGGUUAUGAUUUUGUAUGCCAAAUAAAGAAAUUUUGCAUUGAGAAUUUGCCUAAUAACUCGAAUAAUGUUAAUAGAGGAUAUCAGAUGCUGUUUAAAUUAUGGGGGUUGAAGUAAAGAAAUAAUAUAGAACAGGAUUCUUGAGUAACAUAAUAAUACAUGGAUAUGGCAUGUUUUACUUUUGAAACACAAUGGGCCCUAAUAUUAUAACAUUUACUAAUAAUGCACAUAGCAAGAUUGACAUUUGGAGUAUCAAUAGGUCUAGUCUAGUUGUAGCAUUCAACAUUAGGAUGGACAGAAUUUUGUUGUCAGAAUAGGCUGCAGGAAGGAGACAACGUUUACUUUGAGGUUGAUAAUGAACACAUAGACAUGAACAUAAGAGUUGAUGUCUUUAAUUUGAUGAAAAAAAAGUUCAUGAUAUUAAAGGUAGUCAACUCAUAUGUUCACAGUUAUGUUUUCGUUGUCAACCUCAAAGUAAACAUUGUCUCUUUUCCACAACAUAUUAUGAGAACAAAAUUACGUCCAUCCUUUACCGAUUCUGGUAGAUUUCUUUGGUUGAUCCCAAAUGAGUACUUUGCACUUAACUCGGUGGAAUUUUCCAUGAAGAACAAAUUUGAAAUGAUGUUUACGAACAUGGUGGCAAAUCCAAGAAAAUUUCUUUGGCCGGAUACUUGGUCAAUUUGACGUGGAAAAUAUUUAGUAUUGCCUCUCUGCCUGGAAGAAUUUCUUCACACAUAAGUUGGCUCAUUUUAGCAUUCUUAACAUCCGUCGGCUAGAUUUUAUGUACUUGAGUUAAUUAUGAAGCUCAAGUUAGCAUAACAAUUUGAGUCAAAUGCAUCAGCAGACCAGUGAUUUAUUCCUAUUCUCAAAUAAAGUCAAUCCUUGUUCAUCUAUAGCCUUCUCGGACAGAUUGAUAUUUUGAGUAAAGUGCACCCGUAAUCCAGUGACGGCAUAAGAUCUC